AUGCCGGGAGGUGUACCUAUCAAGAAUCUUCUUCGGUGCGGGCAAGGAUCAGAGCUGCUGGCUGUCCCGAUGGAUCUUCCCAAUGCACCAGAAGGAAACCUACAUAAUUUGACAUUCUUCAAUGGGGUCUUUGAAAACGUGGAAGGCGUUGCGUUCUUCUUUGACUGUUUGGGUUCCCACUUCACUUGGCUCCAGUCUAUCUUCACUAACUUCCCUGCCCUCCUCACCUUCGUAAGCAAACUGAAGUGUGUGACUGACCUCUGCCCAAGAGAUUUUGAAGACUACGGCUGCGCCUGCCGAUAUGAGAUGGAGGGCCUCCCUGUGGAUGAAGUGGAUGGCUGCUGCUUCCAACACCGCAAGUGUUAUGAAGAUGCAACGGAGGAAGAUUGUGUGUGGGAUCCUUCCAAGAUCACCGUAGAUAUCAGCUGUCUAACCAAAAACCUCACCUGCGAGUCUGAAGAUCCCUGUGAACGCCUUCUCUGCAACUGCGACAAAGCGGCUAUUGAAUGCUUUGUGCAUUCUCGCAUUAACUCUUCCUUGAACAGCCUGGAUGUUUCAUUCUGUCCCUCUCUGGUUACGGAAAUAGCCACUGAGAAAAGUCAGACGACCGUUUUUGCUGCGGAGCUGCGGCAGCAGGAGACAGAAAAUUCUCCACUGACAACCAUUCCUAUGGCCGAGGUAAUUCCACAACCCACUGAUCAUACGAUGCUCAGGACUCCUAGGGCAGCAUUUACACCGGAUGUGCAGAAUGACGGAGGUUUGGAGAUCUUCAGAGGAGCAGAUGGUGUUUCAGAAUCCAUUGACUUGUUGCUGAAGAACCCAGAACAAGGAGCAGACAUUCCUUCAGAGUCCAGUGACCUAUUGUUGCAGAUGCCUGAAGUCAGAGAUGUUCCUCCAGAAUCCAGUGACUUAUUGCUGAAGAACCCUGAAGCAGGAGACCUUCCUCCAGAGUCUAGUGAUCUGUUGAUGAAGAACUCUGAAACAGGAGGUAAAGAGGUCCUGGGAGGCAUAUUUGCUGCAUUGGAAGAUUCCAUGCCAAGUGGGCUGACUGAAAGAUUGUUCGUCCCAGAGGGAGCAACAACUUCUACUCCACAACGUCUUAAUUCUAUACAUCCUGAGGUGGUGCCAACUUCAGAGUUUCUUGGGAGAUCAACAGACAAAGCAACAGGCAAUCAUUUUAAGAUAGCAGACCCAGGAGAGGAGAGUACAACUUAUUCUACAACUGCUCCAGAUGAGACACUGGAUCCUGAAGACGCUUUUGGAAAAGUGUGUGAGCGUUUUACCUUUCUGCAACUGCGAGACAACGGCCAAGUGAAGAGGGAGCUGCAACAGUUAGGCGAAAUGCUCUACUGCUUAACGGACCGAUGCCCAGAGGACUUUGAAUUAUACGGAUGCUACUGUGGCCAGGAAGGAAAAGGCCAUCCUACAGAUGAUCUGGACAGGUGCUGCUUCUCUCACCAUUGCUGCCUGGAGCAAGUUAAGAAACUUGGAUGCCAUCCAGAUAGAAAUUCAAGAUCUGAAGUUCUGUGUUUUGAUCACACACCGAAGUGCAUCGGAUGGACAAUGUGUGAAAAGCUCCUGUGUUCCUGCGAUAAGGCAGCCGCUGAGUGUAUGUCUACUGCGCCCUUCAAUGAAAGCCUGACGUUCCCCAACCAGCAUACCUGCCAAGAGGAUAGACUGUUUUGCCGCAGGGGGACACAUGAAAGACCCUCGAGCAGUGAUGGGAUUGGCAGCAGAACUUCCAGUGAGGAAGAGAGCAGCAGUGAGGAAGAAGGCACGACAAAGAGCGUUUUGAGAAGGGGGGAAGCGAGCUGUGCACCGUCCAAGGGCAAACCCCAGAGAGACACCAUUGCGAAUGAGAUAACCUACGCUUUUCAGUCCAGCAUUCAAGAUGCCAAGAUGAUUUGA